AUGGCCUCUUCAAUGACCAUGACCUCUGCAUCGACCAGCAUGGCCGUGUCGUCUGCGGGCACCUUGUCGAUGACCCCGUCUUCUCCGAUGUCAACGUCCAUGUCAUCUAGCAUGACGCCAAUGGUGCCGUAUCUGCAUUUCAUCGGCGGCGACAGCCUGUUAUUCAAGCCGUGGGCACCUUCGUCGCACGGAGCGAUUGCGGGUGCGUGCUUCGGACUUAUCGCGCUCGCCAUUGUCGAGCGGUGGGUAUCUGCGAUGCGCGCGGUGCUGGAGGCGUACUGGCGGCGGAGGAUGCGGGCGAUCAUAGUUGCGCAAACUUCUGAUCCUCCGACACCGUCGAAAGAGAAAUCCGCGGCAGACGUCGAGGCGUUCACCUCGAGGCGCAGCUCGGUGGUCGUCGUCGAGAGGCCGCCUCCGAUCUUCCCGCCUUUCAUCUGGCAGCACGACUUCUCGCGCGGGGCUCUUUUGACCUUGCAAGCGCUGCUGGCCUAUGCCAUGAUGUUGGCUAUCAUGACGUUCCAGGCGGCGUACCUCAUAUCCGUAGUGGUCGGACUGGGGAUCGGAGAGGUCAUGUUCGGGAGAUGGGCGUCGGGAGGCAGCCAUCUAUUCCAUUGA